AAAAGUAAUAAUGCAAUGACCCAAAAACUAAAAGAAAUGCAGGAAUUCUUUGGACUGGAGGUGACAGGAAAAUUGGAUUCUGGCACUUUGGAUUUGGUACAGAAACACCGCUGCGGAGUCCCUGAUGUAGCUGGGUUCUCCACCUUUGCAGGAGAGCCAAAAUGGACAAAACAUGUCCUGACAUACAGGAUAGUAAACUACACACCAGACCUGCGUCCAGCAGAUGUCAACGCAGCGAUCGAGAAAGCGUUACGUGUCUGGAGCAGAGUGACCCCGCUAAGAUUCAUCAAGAAGGACAGAGGAGAUGCAGACAUAAUGAUCUCCUUUGCAGCCAGAGGUCACAAUGACUUCAUCCCCUUUGAUGGCCCAGGAGGCUCCCUGGCCCAUGCCUAUGCACCUGGCAAGGACUUUGGUGGAGAUGCUCACUUUGAUGAGGAUGAAACAUGGACCAAAAGCACAGAAGGCACGAACCUAUUUUAUGUUGCUGCGCAUGAGUUUGGUCAUUCACUGGGACUUUCCCAUUCCAAAGACCCCAAUGCUCUGAUGUAUCCAGUUUACAGGAAAUUUGACCCAUCAGUACUCCUUCUUAAUCAGGAUGAUAUUACUGGCAUACAGUACCUCUAUGACCCAGCUGAGUCAAAAGAUCCUGCAUUGCCAAAUAGCUGCAGCUCUAAUUUGACGUUUGAUGCUGUCACCAGUUUCCGUGGAGAAAUAAUGUUCUUUAAAGACAAGCAUAUUUGGCGCAAACAUCCAGCAGUCAGAACAGCUGAUUUUGAGUUGAUAUCUUCAUUCUGGCCACGGCUGCCACCUGGUGUUGAUGCUGCAUAUGAAAUUGCUGAAAAAGAUGAAAUGGUCAUUUUUAAAGGGAAUGAAUUCUGGGUUGUGAGAGGAGAUACCAUACUUCCUGGAUACCCCCAAAACCUCUACAACCUGGGCUUUUCAAAGGAUGUUUCCAAAAUUGAUGCUGCUUUUCAUAAUGGAAUUGAGGGGACAACAUAUUACUUCAUAGCAGACAAAUUUUGGAGUUAUGAUGAAAGAAGUCAGUUUAUGGAUAGGAAGUCAUUACUGAUAAGAGAUGCCUUUCCAGGAAUCAAUGGGAAGAUCGAUGCUGUUUUUCAACAAGAAAACUUCCUUUAUUUCUUCAGUGGAAGAAAGCAAUUUGAGUUUGACCUUAAUAAGAAGAGAGUUACACGCUUCCUGAAGACAAACUUCUGGUUUCCAUGCUAA